CCAGGCGGGAUGGGGGCAGGAGGGAAGGGGCCCAAAGAAACGCAGGGGAGGGAGGGAGAGAGAAUUGGGCCCCCCAUAGACCCCCUCUCCCCUCCCCUCCCCGCUUCAUAGGCACCCCAGGGCUGGCUAGUGGUGGCUCGUGCCUUGCAAGGGAGGCGUGUCCGGAGCCCCGCCUGGAUAAAACUUUGCCUUCGCUUGGCCGGCGGCGGAGCUCCUCCUGGCUGAGAGUUUCCAGCAAGCGCGCCGGGAAGCGUGUCUUCUUGGCCAGAGCAAGGCGAGCGGGGCAGCCAGCGAAGGGGACCAUGAAGCCUGGAGGAGGGAGCGGAGGAGCCCUGCCUGGUGCUGCCGCUGCCCUGGCCCUUUGGUGCGGCUUCGCCUGGACCUCCUUCGCCCACGGAGGGGCCGCCAAGGGCAGCGUGCCCCGCCUUCGCCUCGCCUAUCAAGAUCUAUUGGCCACUAACCGUUCAGUCCUAUUUCUUGGACACCGAGGAAUUUUAGACUUCCGUUCUUUGUACUUAGAUGAAUAUCGUGAUCGCCUGUUCAUUGGAGGAAAAGACACACUUUACUCUCUUCGUCUGGAUCAAACCAACAUGGAUGCCAAAGAGAUUUACUGGCCACCACUCCCUGGUCAGAAAGAAGAAUGUUUUCGGAAAGGAAAAGACCCAGUGACAGAAUGCGCCAACUUCGUCAGAGUGUUUUAUCCCUUAAACCGGACACACCUCUUGGCCUGUGGGACUGGGGCUUUCCAUCCCAUCUGUGCUCUCAUCUAUGUGGGACCUCGGGGUGAGCAUGUGUUCAGUUUGGAUCCAACAACAAUAGAAAGUGGCCGGGGCAGAUGUCCUCAUGAGCCUAAUAGGCCAUUUGCAAGCACUUUCGUUGGUGGAGACUUGUAUACUGGGCUAACUGCAGAUUUCUUGGGCAGGGACUCUGUGAUUUUCCGAACCAUGGGGCAUCGCUCCUCUCUACGCACUGAGAUGGACCAGCGGCUGCUUAAUGCUCCCAAAUUUGUUGCUGCUUAUCUGAUCCCAGACAAUGAUGAUCGAGAUAAUGACAAGGUCUACUUCUUCUUCACUGAAAAGGCAGCAGAGUCAGAGAGCAAAGGGCGUGCUAUCUUUAGCCGUGUGGGAAGGAUUUGUGCGAAUGAUGCUGGAGGACAACGGGUGCUAGUCAACAAAUGGAGUACCUUCAACAAAGCCCGGUUGGUGUGCUCUGUCCCAGGACCAGAUGGAAUUGACACGUACUUUGAUGAACUUGAGGAUGUCUUUCUUUUGAGAACUAAAGAUGGGAAAAGCCCCGAGAUCUAUGCACUGUUUAGCACCAUCAGCAAUGUCUUCCAAGGCUUUGCUAUCUGUGUAUAUCGCAUGGCAGACAUCUGGGAGGUUUUUAAUGGACCAUUUGCACAUAAAGAUGGUCCAGACCAUCAAUGGUCAGCUUACGAAGGCAAAGUGCCUUACCCAAGACCAGGAGUGUGUCCCAGCAAAACAACCAACCAGCCAAGCCGGCAGUACUCCUCCACCAAGGACUACCCAGAUGAGGUGCUGCACUUUGCUCGUGCCCACCCACUGAUGAGCAGAUCUGUGUAUCCACUCCACCGACGGCCUGUACUGGUGAAAACCAACUUACAGCACCACCUGCGACAGAUUGUGGUGGACCGCGUGGAAGCUGAGGAUGGGCAGUACGAUGUGAUGUUCAUUGGCACGGAUUCUGGCUCAAUACUUAAAGUCAUAUCUCUUCAGAGAGGGAACUUUGCAGCAGCUGAAGAAGUCAUUUUAGAGGAGCUUCAAGUUUUUAAGGCACCAGUCCCUAUUACUGAGAUGGAAAUCUCUGUCAAACGACAAAUGCUUUACGUGGGCUCUCGGGUGGGAGUGGCCCAAGUGAAACUGCAUCACUGCGAGACAUAUGGAUCAGCCUGUGCAGAGUGUUGCUUGGCGCGGGACCCCUACUGUGCCUGGGAUGGCCUCACUUGCACCAGGUACCAGGCAUCAGGCAAGCGUCGCUUCCGCCGACAGGACAUCCGGAAUGGGAACCCCAUGCACCAGUGCUUAGAUCAAAACUUGACAGUGGAUGACUUUGACAGUGCAGAGGAGAAGGUGGUGUAUGGGACCGAGCACAACAGUACCUUCUUGGAGUGCAUCCCCAAGUCACCCCAGGCUGCAGUGCAAUGGUUUGUACACAGGUCUCCGGAGGAGCUAAGAGAUGAGGUGAAAACAGAUGACCGGAUCAUCAAGACGGAACAAGGAUUGCUGUUCCGGAAGCUCUUCCGUCAAGAUGCUGGCACGUAUUACUGCAGGGCCCAGGAGCAUGGCUUCACUCAUACUAUCACCAAAAUCGUGUUAGAAGUGAUUGAGAGUGAGCAACUGGAACAGGUUUUCCAGCGGGAGCAAGACGAGGAGGUGCCGCGCCCACCGUGCCGGGGUCUGGAUCCCCGCCAGCUCCAUGGGCAGAAGAUGUGGUUCAAGGACAUCAUGCACCUCAUUGGCUAUGCCAACCUGCAGAGAGUGGAGGAGUACUGCGAGAGGGUGUGGUGUGGGGAUCGCCAACUGCGGCACAAAAGCCGCCCCCUUAAGAGCAAAAACAUGUUGGAUGGUGUCAAAAAGGGGCGAGGCAAGCAGCACACAGAGAGAAACCGGGUACCAAGGCAAGCGGUUGCCACAUAAAAGGAGGACAUAGCAGACACUUGGCCAGAGGAGAACAUGAAAGGAGGGGGGUCAUUUUGGACCAAUCUUCCUCUUUCUGAAUAAAAACCAACCUCUCUAGGAACUGUCCUAGUGAUGGGGUUUGUUCUGGUGAAAAGGGACCAUUUGCUGAUUGACUGAGCCUGAGAUUUCUUCUUGCUAGAAGUAUCCCCCUUACUUCUGCCACUAAGCAUUGGAGGCAAGGACUCAAAAGAUACCAAACCAUAACAUUCCAACCCUGUUUUGAUACUUUGGUGGGUGGCAGGCUUGCAGCCAUGCAGAUUGAGAUUGGAACAAAGACAUGAUCAUUCAAACAUCCGGCCUCUAUCUGAAACAAGGAUGGGCAGUGGCUUUUGGUCUCACCAACCUAUGUUUGAAUCUGCCUAUGCCAGUAUUUAUUUCCUGGUGGAUAAAACCAAUUGUAUUGACAGGCCAUCAUAUAUUUACAGAUGUUGCCCAUCAGCUACUUUUCAUUUAACUAUGCCAGCCAUCCUCUUUAUGUUCCGAUCAUCCCAAAUCAGAAAUGUUGGCUAUGGGCCUGGAGAACGGGAAUAGAUUUUGGUCUUGUAACAUUUGGAGUAGCCUUGUUGUUGAUACUCCUGCUUUCUCAAUAGAGUUGUAUAUAUCAGAGAUGCCCCAUAAAAGUAUGAUGUAUAGUAUGACUGAAGCACCUGAUGUAAAAAAAAGGAGCACUGUGUCCCUGAUUGAAAUGCAAAGGGAGCCUACCAGCAGCAGGAAUGGAAGAACCACUCACAAUUUGCAACAAACAUUUCAUGGGAAUUGUGGGAAGGUGCUGCCGCAAACUGGUGGGCACAUCUAAGCAGUGCUCUUGUGGAGGGGACAAGUGACAGCAAUGUCAACCUUGGAUGCAGCAAGUGUGUGCAGCAUGUAUUUUCAUCUUUGAAGUGAAUACACCUAAUCCAAGAGCACUUCUGCUAUACUACAUGUAGUUAGAAGGUGAAUGGAUUUGAACAGUGGUCCAUGGAUUCAGCUGUCUUUGGUGCUGGCCAGACUAAUAUGACUGGUAGAUUCCAAGGAACUGGAUUGUCCCAAGUUUAUAGUGAUCAGCAGGCGGAAAGCAAUCAAAACUCUUAAAGCAUUUGGACAUGUAAGGCUUGAAGUGGCCAGCUGUGUUUGUAAAAUGACUGUAAAGCGUGUAAGGUGAUUGUAAAACCUACCACCAGAAUGGUUAUUUGAAUAAUGAUCCUCUCUCCUGCUUUCUCUUUCAGUUGAACAGCAGUCAGAUAUUAACAUAAACAUUGCCUGACAGACAGUGUACCCGUCAGUUGCAAAUUGGAAUGAGGAUGGCGUUUUCAGAGGGACGUCAAGUGAACGGCAAGAAUGGAGCUAACCUCUCUUCUCCCUUCACCCCUUUCUAUCGCAAAGCACUCCUCCCAAUAUGGGAAACGAGAAGAAACCUCCACUUGUACAUCAUUUCACGAUAUCAUUAGAUAGAAAUGAAUAGAAAUGGAUUAUAAUAAUUUACACUUGGCAGCAGGGUAAUAUAGUUUCAGUCCUCAGCCAUAUGUAUAUGAAUUUCCUAUGCUUUGCAUGUAAUAGACUUAACAAUAUGCCGCAUUCUUCCAGCCUGCAUCUUUCAAGCAUUCCUUGCACCAUUUCUGUGACCCGAUGUCAGAACCCCAGAAGGGUGUUUACCUUAUGUAAGCUCUGUCUUUCAUUCUUGAUUCUCUGGGGCUGCGUCGAUCCCUAAGAAGAAAUUGAUUUAAACACAAGGAGCUGAAUGAAAGCCUUCAGUUUAUUCAACAAUAAAUCAAACCCUUAUGCAGCA